GUCAACAUAACCUCAACUGUCAAUAUGACUGAUAUUAAUUUAGAUUGGAAUAAAAUUGUUCAAGAUAAUAAAAAGGCUGGGUUUAGAGAGGGUCUUUCUGCGGGGAAAGAUAAAAAUUUUCAGGAAUAUUUUGAUGCAGGUUAUAAGGAUGGAUUUAAGAAUGGAUUUUUAAUGGGACGAUUUAAAGGAGCUUUAAAAGUAAGAACUUUAAUGAAAAAAGAAAUUGUUGAAGAAGAAUCAUUGAAAAAUACCCGGAAAGCGUUAUGUGUUAUGUGUAAGGAUAAAUCAUUGUUAGAAGGAUGUAUAGAAGAAAUAACAAGUAAUCAAAAUCGCCAAUCUGAUGAAUUUAUUAAGUGUUUACAAAAGAAAUAUAACUUAAAUGUUGACUAUUAAUAAAUUUCUUUUUAAAUCCAACAAAACGUAUACUCUUCUACUGUGUUAUUUAUUUUUAAGUUCGUUUGCAUAACCACUUUCUAGUUUUUUAAACUACAGUGUGUUAAUUAAUUAUCAUAUCCGACGUCAUCAUCGAAAGUA